UCAAAGAACAUCGGUGAUUCAUGAGUUGCAUUUCCUUUACAUGUUUCUGUACUCUUGUCUUCAUUAAACAUUGUAAUACCAGUUGUUCAAUUAUUCAAUCUGGGAACCAAUGAAGAAAGAGAGGGUGCAAAUUCUAUCCCACAGGGGGCUUAAGGAGCUUCCACCCCAAUUUGUCCGCCCCGUCCAUGAACAGCCUGAAAACACCAAAGCCAUUGAAGGGGUCGCAGUUCCUGUGAUUUCUUUGUCUCAGCCACAUGAGGUGGUUGUUGAUGAGAUCUUUGGAGCAAGUAGUGAGUGGGGUUUUUUUCUCAUCACAGAUCAUGGUGUACCAUCAUCCUUGAUCCAACGGUUACAAGAGGUGGGUCAAGAGUUCUUCGCUCUGCCACAGGAGGAUAAGGAGGCCUAUGCCAAUGAUCCUCCUAAUGGUAAAUUUGAAGGUUAUGGCACAAAGAUGACCAAAACCCAUGAUGAAAAGCUUGAGUGGAUUGAUUAUUUUUUUCAUGUAUUGUCUCCUUCUCCUAGAGUCAACUACGAAAUCUGGCCCAGAAAUCCUCCUUCUUAUAGGGAAGUCACUGAAAAAUACAAGGAAGAAAUCCUGAGACUCACAGACAAGCUACUAAAGUUGCUCUCAGAAGCGUUGGGCUUGGAAGAAAAAGUACUAAAAUCCCAUCUGGGAGGUGAGGAAAUAGAGCUGGAAAUGAAAAUCAAUAUGUACCCACCAUGCCCACAACCUCAACUAGCCUUGGGAGUUGAACCUCACACAGACAUGUCUGCCCUCACCAUUCUUGUUCCAAACGAUGUACCAGGUCUUGAGGUGUGGAAAGAUGGCAACUGGGUUUCGGUUCAAUACCUUCCUAAUGCGCUAUUUGUUCACGUGGGAGACCAACUUCAGGUGCUUAGCAAUGGAAAAUAUAGGAGUGUUCUUCACAGAAGUCUGGUGAACAAGGAUAGGAUGCGCUUGUCAUGGGCAGUGUUCAUUGCACCUCCACAUCAGGCACUGAUUGGACCACUUGCAGAGCUUGUGGAUGAUGAGAAGAAUCCUGCCAAAUUUUCAACCAAAACGUUUGCCGAGUACCGUUACAGGAAAUUCAAUAAGCUUCCACAGUAAUUGCAAUAUUAUUAUUACAUGCAUGGUGUAUUUUUAAGGCGGUUUUAGGGUUCUUGGAUCUUCCGACCACAUGUUAUGGCCAUCAGGCUAUGUGCUGGUUUCUGUACUUCUUUUUAUUAAUUUGUUUCCUUGGUGGAAUUUAUGCUUU